GCAUCACAUAGUUACAACACGCAACGCAACAGAAUCAAUACGACUGGUAGGUAGCGGAACUCUGCACUGUGUACUUUCUCCAUUCAUUCGAAUAAAAGCUCGCAGAAUCGUGAUCUGCGAUUGAUUCUGUUGCAUAAUGAACAUCACCGAUUCUUAAUGCUUUGUGAACAUGAAGGAAAAGAAUACUAGCUCUGUUCUCAAACGUAUUUUAGUGAAUUGUGCAUCUCAGGCGAAAGCAUACGGGAGUUGUGUUGCAGCUAAGGUUCCAGAUAUUGAACGUGAUAUGUGUGUAACGGAGUUUCUGGCAUUAAAAAGUUGUAUGCAAAAUACGCUCAAAAAGAAGGUUUAAGUGAAUGUCCAUCUGCUUUCUGGGCCAUUGAACACGCACAGAAAAAGUUUGAUGGUUAUACAGAUUUCUAAUUACCAGUCUAAAGAGGAGUGUCGUAAAGCUUUUGAAGGCAAAGUUUAUUUUAUACCCCAGCUAUUUAUUGUGUAAACAAGAAGCAGAAAUAUGUCUAGAAAAGCAACAACCUCAAAGCCUACUAUAGGUCUGAGAGGAUCUGAUGGUCUCUCACAUGCUUACAUUCAGUAUCCACCGCUUCGGUGUAAUGUUCCUGAAUCAGGGGGGUUAUUUUAUGACGAUGGAAAUAAGUUACUACUCUCCCCAGCAGCUGACCAGGUCUUUUCAUGGAAAGUCGGUAUCUUUGAUCCUCUCACUGGUCCGACCACCGACUCAAUAAGUGAAGGCCCUAUUAUAGCUAUUCGGUAUUCUUUAGACACAAAGGUCAUAGCCAUCCAGCGAUCAGGCCAGGAGAUACAGUUUUGGGAUAGAGAAACUGCGGAAACGUUUAGCCAUAAGUGCAAGCCAGAAUCAGAAAGUAUACUUGGAUUUUUUUGGACAGACAGUCGACAGUGUGACAUUGUUAUUGUUAAGACCAAUGGUCUAGACUUGUGUGCAUAUAAAUCAGAGUCAAAAUCACUCCAAUUGGUGGAAACAAAGAAACUGAAUGUUAGUUGGUAUGUUUAUACACAUGAAAGCCGCUUGGUUCUUCUUGCAUCUGGAAUGCAGUGCAAGACAUUCCAUGGAUUUCAGAUUUCAUCUGCAGAUAUUGUACGCUUACCAAGGUUUGAGAUGGUUAUGGCCAAAUCUGAGGCAAAUAGUAAGCCCGUUUUAGCAGCUGAAGACAUCUUCAUUGUCACUGUUUAUGGUAGGAUAUACUGCUUGCAAGUCGAUAGAGUUGCAAUGCUACUCCAUUCCUAUAGGCUAUAUCGUGAUGCAGUGAUACAACAGGGAUCUUUACCAAUUUAUUCCAGCAGGAUUGCUGGGAGUGUGGUCGACAAUGUACUUCUUAUUCAUCAAGUUGAUGCAAAGGUUGUCAUACUUUAUGAUCUCUUUGCAGAUUCUCGAGCACCAAUAUCCGCACCACUUCCUUUAUUGUUAAGGGGUUUCCCCAGGUCCAGUAGCUCAUCUCAAUUUAGUGGCAGAGAAAGUGAAAGUUCAGAUGGUAAUGUUGCGAGUAGCCAUGAAGCAGUUACAUAUGCUGAUUCAUGGAUUUUCCUGGUGCCUGACCUCGUAUGCGAUGUGGCCAAUAAGCUAUUAUGGAAAUUCAAUUUAGACUUAGAAGCAAUUUCCGCCAGCAACUCAGAUGUACCAUCAAUAUUAGACUUCCUGCAGCGGCGUAAGUUAGAGGCUAACAAGGCUAAACAAUUGUGCUUGGGUAUAACACAGACACUUAUUCUAGAGCGCAGACCUGUGCCUGUGGUUGCCAAGGCUAUAAAUGUACUAGUCUCCUCGUACUCCCAUUCAAUUAAAACUUGUAGCUAUCUGAAGGGGCUGAAACCAGAGAUGCCAUUAAAUUCUGGUGCACAAAAUUCUGACGCUGAUGUAUCUACUAUAGAAAGAGAUGCAAUUGGGAAAUCGAUCAUACACGAAUCUACCGCCAGAGUCGACAGCGAAACUUUGGACUCUGAGGAUGAAUCACAUUUUACAAAUCUUGAACAUAAUUCAAAGGAAGCCUAUGUUGGUGGUAGUGUAAACAAUGAGAACUCCCCAAGUAAUGAAGCUCAUAGUUCUUAUGUUAUGCAAUCAUCUUUACUGUCUGUGCAAGAGGAAUCCCAACUUACUUCAGCAGCAAUCUCACCCGAUGAGAUGUACAACUUUGUCUUUUCGCCUGUUGAUGAAGAGAUGGUGGGAGACCCUUCUUACUUGGUUGCUAUAAUUAUUGAGUUUCUUCACAGUGCAAAUUUGGAAAAGAUUCGUGUGCUCCCAAAUCUAUAUGUAUUGAUAAUUCAACUUCUGGUGCGGAAUGAACGCUAUGCUGAAUUGGGGUUGUUUGUCGUAAAUAAGAUUUUGGAGCCCUCUAAGGAAGUUGCAUUGCAGCUCCUAGAGUCUGGUCGUCAGAAUACCCAAACUAGAAAGCUUGGUCUGGAUAUGCUGAGACAGCUUGGUUUACAUAAUGAUUAUGUAGUGUUGCUAGUGCAAGAUGGAUACUACCUUGAAGCCUUGCGAUAUGCACGGAAGUAUAAGGUGGAUACCAUCCGACCAUCGUUGUUCUUAGAAGCAGCUUUUGUAUCCAAUGACUCCCAACAUCUUGCAGCAGUUCUAAGAUUCUUUACAGAUUUUCUGCCUGGCUUCAAAAACACCGCAGAGCAUAAUAGGUACCAUCGCAUACUGAAUGAGAUGAACUCUUCCAUGACUGCUUGAGAGGUCUUGCAAGAAAAGAAAAAAAAAAGAGAGAAAUUUAGUCAUCGUCAGGAGUAAACCCUUGUUCAAGCGGGGCUAUCUCAUUGUGACAUCCGAUAUAUCCUUUAUUCUACAUGUUGUAUGUUAAAUAAAUAUCUCUCUUCCUAGCAAUUUUAGUUUUAGCAGAUAUUGUGAUCUAAAUGAAAUUUUCUCGGAAGAAAAUUUUACUUAGCUUGAGCUAGCUUGUGGAUGAAUUGCCUGGGUUGUUGUCCUUCAAAAUUCAUCAUGCUCUGUAGUUGCUAUUUACUUGCAUUAUAUUCAUUUUUAUAAAAUAUAAAUAGGGAACUAAAACAAGAAUGAAAAAACAUCUUAUUCUUGAACGCGUUAAA